GUGACAGGAAGAAGGGAAUCCAGAAUGUGAAGCUCUGGGGAGGCUGAGAGAGGAUUAGUGUUUACGACAGAGACAAAGAUACACUGAAAAAGACCUUAGAAGAUGGGCAUAGUGACAAACACUGGCUGGCACCAAAAUCUCAAAGAAAAGAAGUGAAGAUAGGGCUUUGUUGGGGGUGAAUGGGAGAUAGAAAGCAAGAGGUACUGAGAAGACCAAUUCUGAAAGUAGUAGAUUAAAAUAUACUGAUGUAUACUCUCCCACUUAGAAAGUAAAUCUGACUACAUUAUUUUGAGUAACAUAUAAAACUUUUUAUAUAAUCGACACAUUUGGAGAAACAGUCCUUCCUUGGAAGUUUGGAAUCUUGAUCCUCCAAUGGCCACUACAGGUGUUUGAGCAGCAGUGCUUGCAACAAAAGCCGAGACUCACCACAUCUUGGGAAGAGAAUGGCCACUUCCUGGGGGGCAGCCUUUCUCAUGCUGGUGGCAUCCUGUGUGUGCAGCACUGUCUUCCACAGAGAUCAGCAGACUUGGUUUGAGGGGGUCUUCCUGUCAUCCAUGUGCCCCAUCAACGCCAGUGCCAGCACAUUGUAUGGGAUUAUGUUUGAUGCCGGGAGCACUGGAACGCGAAUUCAUGUUUACACCUUUGUGCAGAAAAUACCAGGACAGCUUCCAGUUCUGGAAGGGGAAAUAUUUGAUUCUGUGAAGCCAGGACUUUCUGCAUUUGUAGAUCAACCUAAGCAGGGUGCUGAGACUGUUCGAGGACUCUUAGAGGUGGCCAAAGACUCAAUCCCCCGAAGUCACUGGAAAAGGACCCCCGUGGUCUUGAAGGCCACGGCAGGACUGCGCUUACUGCCGGAAGAGAAAGCCCAGGCUCUGCUCCUUGAGGUAAAAGAGAUCUUCAAGAAGUCACCUUUCCUGGUACCAAAUGACAGUGUUAGCAUCAUGGACGGAUCCUAUGAAGGCAUAUUAGCUUGGAUUACUGUGAAUUUUCUGACAGGUCAGCUGCAUAGCCACAGCCAGGAGACUGUGGGGACCCUGGACCUGGGGGGGGCCUCCACCCAAAUCACAUUCCUGCCCCAGUUUCAGAAAACCCUGGAACAAACCCCUAGGGGCUACCUCACUUCCUUUGAGAUGUUUAACAGCACUUAUAAGCUCUAUACCUAUAGUUACUUGGGAUUUGGAUUGAAAGCUGCAAGACUGGCAACCCUGGGAGCCCUGGAAACGGAAGGGAUUGAUGGAUACACUUUUCGCAGUGCUUGUCUACCAAGGUGGUUAGAAGCAGAGUGGAUUUUUGGGGGUGUGAAAUACCAGUAUGGUGGCAACCAAGAAGGGGAGGUGGGCUUUGAGCCCUGCUACACUGAAGUGCUGAGGGUGGUCCGAGGAAAACUUCACCAGCCAGAUGAGAUCCACAGAAGCUCCUUCUACGCUUUCUCUUACUAUUAUGAUCGAGCUGUUGACACAGACAUGAUUGAUUGUGAAAAGGGAGGUGUGUUAAAAGUUGAAGAUUUUGAAAGAAAAGCUAGGGAAGUGUGUGACAGCUUGGAAAACUUCACGUCAGGAAGUCCUUUCCUGUGCAUGGAUCUCAGUUAUAUCACAGCCUUGUUGAAGGAUGGCUUUGGCUUUGCAGACAGCACCAUCUUACAGCUCACAAAGAAAGUAAACAACAUAGAGACAGGCUGGGCCUUGGGGGCCACCUUUCACCUGCUGCAGUCUCUGGGCAUCUCCCACUGAGGCCAAGCCCUUCCUCUGAGGCCUGCAUUUGCCAACAACCUGUUUAAAAGAAGAAGGAGAGAAGAUUCCAUCAUGUUCUGAGGUAGUCUGGGAACGGUCUGGAUUGAAACCCAGCAGCUGGCUUCAUCAGGAGGAAGGGGCUUUUGUAGACUGCAUUUGCCUUUAAGUCUAGUGAUUACUUUUACACAUCUGGUAUGAACUCUCACCUAACCAUUCUGCUUGCACAGCUGGUACCAGAGUCUAAAUCAUUGAGAUUGCUUGUGUGUCAGAGAGCCAAAAGGAACAGCUUUGGAACUUAACCUUGGAGAACCCAGGGACAGGUCCCUGGGAACCAAAGAAAAAUUUCUUUUCAACCCUUUGAGUGCCUCAUUCCUUUGAACAUUUUAAUUUUUCUCUUACAUGCUAACCUCAGCUGACUGAUUACAAGCCCAUGACCUGUCAACACCAGUAUUUUUUCCCUCCCUGCACAUUGCCCUGUCCCACCCUUAUUUCUACCGCUCCCCCCUCCCAGCAAAGAAAGAGAAAAAUACUUAGUUUUGUUUUUCAUGUGUAAUUCAAGGGAUGGGAAAGGAGGUACUAUAUCUGAAGUUGUGAUCCUGCUUUGUGCUAGCUCCAGUCAGCCAUCUAAGAGCCACCCUCACUCUUAGCAGAAUGGAGAGCAACUCCUACUGCGCAGAUCCCAGCCUUAAGGAGGCCAUCCAAUCUCUAAGGCCAUGUUUUGGGAUGGAGUGGCUGCCUUGUAUAGACCACCUUCUUUUAAUCAACUUUUUAUAAGUCAACUGGAAUUAAUGAACAUGUCCAACCUCAUAGGAACAUGUGUGUUUUCAGUGCCAGUACCUCCUUCCUGGCUAAUGUGUUUAAUUUGUCAUCCUAAACUUAUUUUCUGUGUAUUACUAAGAAAUACAUCUGCACCCUACCUUUUGUUCUGUGGUGAGAGGCCUAUGCUGUGCUAUUUAAGGAUCUAGAUUUUGGUUACAGCUCCUUUCAGUUUGCCCUUUUAGUCUCUCCAUUUAUAGCAGUAUCUCUUCCUGCUGAUCAUUUUUGCUAACACCCUCUAAAUUAUUUAUCUAGCUCCACGGGCUCUGACACCUUUCUGAGGAUAACCUAACAUUUGGUUUGGUUGGCCAUUUUAGCCCACAGCAGUACUGUGGAGGCUGAGUGCUACGAGCUCAUUUGGUGAAUUAUUUUCCCUACAAUUCAUUAUCUUGUCCUUUCCCACACCACCAUCAUCUGCUUGUGCUCUUGGAUUUGAAAGACCUUCCUGUUGACUGGCUCAUUGGCCUUGGCUCUUUACCUCCACUUCUUCCCAGCAGUUUUGUACCUCCCAAACUUGGAGCUUGCCCAGACUUUCAGCGCUCUCACAAAAGAUGUUCAAUACCUGGCCCUCACACCAGUUCCUAGGGAACCUUAUUUUUUAGUUAUUCUACUGAGCCAGUAACUAUUUAACAUCUGAUGUGCAAGCAAGUGGGCAAAUUUCUAUAUUCUCAUCCCCCAAAUUUUAGUUGUUUUUGAUUCAGUGUGAAAUUUCUUCAGAUUUUUCACACUGGCUUUUAUUAUACUGAGGUCACCUUUAUACUAUGUUUCCCCGAAAAUAAGACCUAGCCGGACCAUCAGCUCUAAUGCGUCUUUUGGAGCAAAAAUUAAUAUAAGGUCUUAUUUUACUAUAAGUCUUAUAUUAAUUUUUGCUCCAAGACACAUCAGAGCUGAUGGUCCGGCUAGGUCUUAUUUUCAGGGAAACAGGUAGUAGAAUCUUUAGAGUUGAAAAGAACCCAAAGAUAUAAUCCAGUCUUCUAUUGCAAAAUUCCCUUAACAUUUCUAACUGGUUAUCAUUCAGCUUCGGAUUAGGCAUGUUUGCAGACCAAUCAUUCCCUCUGGGACUGCACUGAUGUUAAAAAACCUUUAUGUUGAGCUGAAAUCUUCUCAGUAGUCUGCUCUAAUUCCUCCUCCUGCAGCCUUUGUCUUUUGAAGAAAAUUCCUCCCAAGUUCUUUGUGGUCUCUUUAACAUACCACAUGGCUUCUGGAUCCUAUACCAUUUUCAUCAAAAACGUAGGGUGCUAGAACCAGUCAUCCGCUAAAUGCUGUUCCACGUGAUUAGGGAGAGAUCAUUUCCUCUAGUAGAAACCAAGUAGUUUUCCCAAGAGGUAAACUGUAUUCACUAAAGACUCCUCCAGCUUGAUGGGUCCAGAGAGGUAAGAUUCCCUGGUCUUUGUCAGGGCUUGUCUCUGACGCUUUUCUUUUUAUAAACGGGGGCCGUAUUCAGACUCCUUUGCUCAUCCAAUACCUCCAGAACUCUUCAGUAGACGCAUUAACUUCAAAAAUGUAUCUACAUAUAUCCGGAUAAUCUUGAUUAGAACUUCUGGAGCAUUAACCAGUUUAUCCAUUUUAGGAGCAAUUUGGAAUAAGAAUUUUUAUUUCUUAGAAAAAAUGACUUGUCUAUAAUGUCCUUUCUGCCCCUUAGUGUACCUUUUGGGCCUUAUUAAGGAAUCCUAUUGAGUCUAAAUUGCUGGUUAAGUUUCUUUUCUGUAAAUGUGUUCACGUAUUUCAAAUACUAAGGACAUGGCCUGGCACACAAGUGAUAUUGUGUUUAUCAUCAUCAUCAUCGUACAAAGAACAUCCUAUGUGGAUUAGCGAGGUCCUUGCGAGGUGUGCCUUAAAAUUCUUCAAUCUUGUCUGAUUUUAUUUGCAUACUUUUGGAGAGUCCAUGUUCUCACCUGGGCUCCCUUUCCAUUUUUUGUGGAAGACCUUGUUUCCCUACAGUGACCGUCUAGAUUCUGCUAGUAGUCACAGAGCGUUUCACAGUAGUUGCCAUCUUGCCUUCUGGACACAUUUUCCCUGAGAUUCCAGGAAUGUUUGUGACACUGUCAUUUUUUUACUCUAGUAUCUUAUGAAUUUCCCACAUUUGCCUGAAAAGCUCCCCUAUAGUAACAUUUCUCAUUCCUUCAAAAGCUGUUCCCAAGAAUAGCUUAGCUUGGUUCAAAUGCAGACUGUUUCUUCUCAUUUCACCU